UGCGACCUGAGUGGAGUUGUAGUAAACGAGAAUUUGACAGACUCUAUUCACUGAACGUUUGCUCAUGUCGAGGUGCUACACCUGUAUAUAUUCCUCAGUAGGUGUACUGACCUCACUGGUCUUCAUGAAUGCCAGGCGAUAAGUGGGUUUGUGCGAUGCAUAUAAGUUGCCAUGUUUUAACUGUAUAAGUUGCAAGGAACAACAGCAACCAUCUACAAGUAUAGUCCUGUCGGAGCCGUGCCUUGACUUAAUUAGAAGCCCCACUUCGCGAGUUCUCUUUCUGUGCAUAAUGGAGCCGGCAGUGACGUGGCAGGACUACGUUCACGUGUUGCUGAUGGAAAGUGGGAACGUGGCACGCGCUGCCAUCCAUGGCACCAAAGAUGGACAACUCCUGGGCUGUACAGAAGAUCUAUGCCUUUCUCAAGAACAGGUGGCAAACCUGGUUCGAGGCUUCGAGGACUGCACUCACCUGAGGACGGAGGGUGUGCAGGUGGGUAGCGAGACCUUCACGCUGACCCGCGUCACGGACCAUCGCAUCAUGGUGGGGCGUGACGCCUGCACGGGUGGCGGCUGCGUCAUCUACCGGUGCGACUCGUGUCUGAUCGCAGCUGUCUACGAGGACGGCAACCACCCCGGCGGCUGUUACACCCUCGUCACGAGACUCGGGGACUUUCUAGUGGAACGUGGUUACUGACAUUUCGUCACAGCAGUACGUGUGUACCCUGGAACAGUUCUGACUAGAAUGCAUAGAGAUCGUUUUCUAGUAUCGCAUAUUAUGUUCUGAGUUCGUGACGGGUGGCCGUGACUGCUGUAUUUAACUAGAAGUCACCUGUGAUGACCCAGUCCCAGCUCUAGACAAAGAGCUGAUGGAUGGUGGACAGUGGCUACCAGGUGGACGAGUUUGCUUUGGAAACAGGAACAGAAUCUCGCCCUUUCACCUGGCGUGACACCAAAAGCUUGAGUCACAAUAAAACUGUGUCAGAAUACUCGCAAUGACUUAGGAUAUAAAUUUCACGGACUUCGUUUAGAGAGUAAUGGGUUGGGUACCGAUUGAGUUUCUGUUCAUUUUCGAUUGAUGAACUCCUCAAUCCAACAACUACUUGCAAAGAGAUUAUCUCGCGAUCUGAAAAACGCUAGAUUGCAGUAUAAUGCUAAAUGAAUAAUUUGGGGGCUCUACUUAUAAAGUGUGUGUGUGUGAGAGAGAGAGAAGUGUGUGAGAGAUGAGAAACAUAAUUAUUAAAUAGAACUCAGGGGAGGUAAUCAAUAUAAAAAACGCUAAUGUUGAUGGUUUGUCUCCCCUAUCUUGUCCCUUACACUUUUUGCGCGUAGACCAGCGUUUUACGUUCAUGUGGGUUUUAUUAGACAGAGAAUUUCUUGUUAAGUA